CGGUCGGGAGAGGGGCCUCGCCAGACGGGCUCUAGGUAUAAGUAUCCCUCACCCUCGUCCCUACUUGGCGUUCUUAUCUUCUCGUCCCACCCUCACCAGCUCACACAGCAGACAUCCACUCCUUCAUAUGCUCUGCUAAGCGACGCUACGCCUUCAUUUUAGUCUCGCCCCCAAAAAAAAACCCCCCAUCGCCUUCAAGAUGCAGUUCAAAACCUUCGUCCUCCUGGCCCUGCCCGUGAUCAGCGCCCUGGCUGCCCCUCUCCCUGCCAGCAACGAGAUCACAGCGCGGGCACCCAAGAGAGCCAGCAAGCCAGUCACCAAACCGGCACCGAAGCCAGCGCCUGCGCCCAAGCCUGUGCCCGUGCCGGCACCGAAACCAGCCCCAGUCCCAGUCCCAGCCCCGGCCCCGGCCCCAGUAGACAAGCCCAAGCCCGCGCCUUCUGCGCCCGCGGCAGAGAAGCUUAAGCCUAUACUGUCAGCCCCCAUCAAGCCUGCACCGACUGCUCCGGCGGCCAAGCCCGCGCCCACCGCCCCCGCGGACAAGCCCAAGCUCUCCGCCGCCCCGUCCGCCAUUCCCACUGCACCCGCAAACAGGGCCCAGCCCCCGGCAGCCCCGGCUGUGACCCCCACGGCCCCCGCGGACCGCAACGAGCCGCCCGCCCCGUACGACGUCCCCGUCAGCAACAGGAGGAAGCUGGCCGGCCAGUUCGUCGACGCGCUAAUCCUGAGCGGCGUCGUGGACGUCGCGGCCACCAAGGUGUCCGAAGGCCUGAUCCUGGCCUUCGACAAGGUCAAGGACGCGCCCGACUUUGACGCGGCGCGCAAGGCCUUCACGCAGGACGCGGUCCGGGAGCUGUUCGACGCCAACCCGGACCCAGCCGUGUACCAGGCCGCCGUCUGCUACAGCUCCGAGUUUACCGUCGCCGACCCGGCCGCCGUCGCGGGCAAGACGAGCUUGGAGCUGAAAUCCACUACGGGGGCGCUCAGGACCACGUACGAAUGCUUCUACAUGGGCGCGCCAAACACCUUCACCGCCCUCGGGGACGGCGGCUUCGUUAACCUGGCCAUCCAGAGCAGCGACCGCUGCAAGUUUGAGGGCAAGGUCCUCACGUGCGCCUGAGCGUGUCAGGCGUGAACCGGGCCUGGUGGGAUAAGGGACAGGAGUGGAUAUUUGGGAUUUGCAUAGUGGGUUGGGCACAGCAUCUGAAGGCGUUUGUUUCGGCGUUUUCUUUUUAUUUGUAUAUAUCUGCACAUGCUUUGGCGUUGCUC